CCCUCUAUUUCUCCUCCCCCCUCCUUUUUUUUUUUUUUUCUUUCUUUUUAAUACCGACGCUGCCAUUCCCACCACCGCCUCGCUGCCUUCCCCCCCUUUUCCGCCCGUCCCUCCGCGUCCUCCCCCGUCCCCUUUCCUCUCCUCAGGACCGGCGCAUGGCGGCCGCUGUUGCUCUCAACCCCUCCGCUUCGUUUUUCCUCAGUAUUCCGGCCCGCCCGGUCCGGUAACGCCGCGGUUCCCCACUCCCGGAAUCCUUUCCCGGGAGAGGAACCGCGCCGAGGGCCGGGCGGGAUCAGUAAUGAGGGCGGUGUGAGGAAGAAAAGGGGGAAAAAAAACCCAAAAAGAAACCAAAAUAGGAGAAAAUCCCUAUAACCCUCCUGGCCAUGGGCGAGCGGCGGGAUGAGGAGGAGAGCGGCGAACCGGGAACGGGUUUCCCUCUGGGGUCAGCAGAGUCCCUUUUGCAGAGAGCAGUUGCAGUGCUGCAGAGCUCCUACCUGCACUCCACAUCUCAGGGUGGUUUUCAGUACAGCAAAGCAGUCCUGGUGGAAAAUGCUCUUUUCCUAAGUGAGCUCAGAGCUUUUGCCCAAGCAAAGGAAGCUGCUGGGUACAGCCAGGAGGAGCUGGAGGAGACCUUUGGAUUUCUCCUGUUUGAUAAUGAAGAAGAGGCACAAGAGGUGUGUCAGAGUGGCCUCCGAGUCAACAGCAGCUCCCUUGCCACCCUUGGUGACCCAGCAAAAGGGGUUUAUAUUUCCAAGUAUGCAGAUUGUCUUCAUCCCAGCCCUUGGUAUCAUGGCCAAUCAGGCUAUAUUGUCAUUUGCAAGCUAAUUAAGGGGAAGGUCAAGGUGGUCUCUGAGAACUUCACCCCCAGCCAUCCCUGCCCCUCUCCAGGCUACGACUGCCACAUCGCUGCAAGCAGCCCCCUGCCAGCACAGAGCAGCUGCAGCCAGGCCUUCCAGCAGAGCCAGUAUUACAUCUACGAAGUGUCGGGCACCAGCGCUGCCGAGCGGCCCAGGCAGAUCUGCCCCUACAUCAUCAUCUCCUGCCUGUACCUGGAGCCAAAGGCAAUGCCUGUCUUGGCAAGAGAGAGCCUACUGGACCUGAAUGACAAAGCUCUGUACUGUCCAUGGAGGGGACAGCUCUCCAUCCAGGGACAGUUUUUGUGCAACAUUGCCCUGAGGACCCCAUACAGCUCCACCAUUCCAGCCCAGCUGCCUCCCAACCUGGACAUUAAGCAUGUCAUGGGGUUGUCUGACUUGAAAAAAAAGCUCCCAGAAGCUGCAUUUGGAAAAAGGAAUUACACUGAGCAUGAAGUUUGCUUUCAGGGUGUUUACCUCAGCCUCUAUGAAGUAGAAAUAUCAAAUAAGGAUCAACAUAAAAUGGAUCACUUAGUGGAAAGUCUGAAGGAAAAGGACUUGGCAAUCAUCAAAUAUAUACAAGAUCAAGGAGUCCUUAUCCUCCUCACCUCCUCUGCCUUGGCACGAGAUGAUGGGUUUGACCCCAAGGAGCCUCUCAGCCUCCUGGCCCUGUUCCUGUUCACCUCAUCCCGGUCACUGUGCCUGAGAGGUGCAGAAGUCCUGUCUGCAGAAUUCGUGCACAAACCCCAAUCUGAGCCUCUCCAGAAGGAAACUUCAGCUCCUGAGAAUCCUGGCUUGGAAACAAAGAGAUCAAAGGUCCUGAAGAGCCCAGACAUGAAAAAGGUUCCUGUUGCUGACAUCAUCGUCAAUCCAGUGAAAAGUAAGAUGCUAAAAAGUGUGGCUAACAGCUCCUCCAAACCUCAAGCCAAAAAGCAAGCUGCAAGUGAGUGGAAGGAGCCAUCCUUUGCCCUCCCAAGUGAAGUUUCUUCCCAACCCCACGGAGCAGAUGGCCAAACCAGUGAGGUUUGCCCUCCCGGGGUCGCUUAUCUCUGUUUCGAUGUCAAGGGGAACAACUAUGAAUCCCAUGCCCUGAACUUGCUGGCUGAUCUGGCUCUGGGUUCUUGUAUUCCAUUUUUGAUCCCUAGGGACAAUGGGAUGGUGGCCAUGUCCCACAGCCCCUCCAAUGACUCCGUGAAGGAGGAGCAGGGUCAGGGCAAACCCAAAUCCUCACGCGCCGCUUCCGAUCACGAAUACCACAGGAUGAGCAAGCUGGCAAAGGGAGUCACCUCUCUUGGCAAAGCAUCACCCACCCAGAAGCUUCCUCCUGCUGAUCAAAUAGACUCCAACAACUUGGCCACCAAGGAGAAAAACCCUGGGAUUUCCAGCAGGAAGACCAAUGUGAGCACCAGCCCUACAAAACCUCCUGAGGUGCCUCCACGAGAGGUUCAAGAAGCUGCCGAGGUGAACAAGCACUCCUUCAUUUCUGCUGAGCACUCCUAUGCCUCACUCAUGCCUGAGACCUCAAAGAAGAGCUUGUAUCCCAGAGGUGCUCCCUACCAUAGCCCAGCACCCUCCAGAAAUGGGACAAGGAACAGCAGGGCAGGACCUCUUGUUGGGAAGGUCCUACCCUUCCGCCACCAGCAGGACAGUGCCCAGCACCAGCGGCCCUUCGAGGCUGUCACCAUGAGGAACAGGAGAGGUUUGCUCUCCCCCAGGUUGAAAGAGGACUUCAGCAAGUCCCACACCAUCAGCCUGUGUGGUGAGUCCCUGAAGGUGACCUGUAAGUGGGAGGCAGAGUAUCUCUUCCAUUUGGACAGCAGGUACACCAAUGAUGCCCUGGAGAAAACUGUCAUCCGAGCGCUGCACGGGCCCUGGGACCCUGAUCUGCCUGAUGAUGUGGAAGAGAUGAAGCUGAUCCUUCACAUGUGGGUAGCUCUCUUCUACAGCAAACCCAGCAAACUCCUGAGCAGCACAAGGAAGGUGGUGGAGCACAGCAACCCUGAGAAAUUUGUCUCCAUCAACACCACUGGGGACUGCCUUGAGUUCAGUGAUGAUGGUGAGGACUGGUUUGGGUUGGAGACGUGCCCUGCAGACUCUGGGUCAGACCCUGACCAGACUCCCAGCAGUUCUCUGGAUUGCAGCACAAGACACCAGGGACCUUUCCAGCCAGAGGAGAGCCCUGCAGACUCUCAGACUGAUGCUGAUGGGACUCGUGGUGUUGUUGAUAGUACUGUAUCAUCUUCUUCAGGGGAGCUACCCUGUGAGGAGGAGGAAGAGCCUUCCUCCACAAGCUGUCCUGAGAGCCUUUUGCUUGCUGAACGUGCUGCUGAGACCCUUCCUGUGGGAGCCAGGCAGCCAGGGGUGAAUCCUGAAGAACACUUGCAGGAUGUCUCAGCCAUCACUAUGGAGGAGCCACCCAAGGAGGAACUUCCAGAUGCUACCAAUGACCCCAGUGCCACCUGCAAGCCCCAAGCUGCUCUGAGCAGGGAAAACACAACCCCAAAUUCCAGCACAGUUCCCUGGAAAGAUUCCCCAACUGGAAAUGGAGAGCAGCAGGAGAGCAGAUGGGCAGCAGGGUCAGGGGGUGGUCCUGGCCCCCCUGAGGACCUGGAGAGCAUGGGAGAUGCUGGAAACUGCACAGAGGUCAAGGAUGGGUCCACCAGUGAUUCCAUGCCCUUGGAAGCACAUCCCAAAAGUGAGAAGGCUGAUGAUGGGGAAGGGAAGGAGUCACCAGACCCAUUUGGACAUUCAGAAAAAGGGGAGGAAGAGUUGGAAAAGGGAGAAAAAGAGGAUUCUGGGCAUGGAAGUGAGGUCCUGGGGCCUUGUGGUUCAGUGUUUUCUGAAGGUGAUGAUGCCAACACUGAGCAUGAUCCCAGGGAGCAUAAACCAGGGAAUUGGGAAUCUCCAAAGCAUUUUGGUGUUCCUGGAGAGCAGAAGGACAAUGUUUGGGCGCCCUCUGCAGGAAGUUGGACUCCUCCUGGGAGUGAAGCUGCUGGUGCAGCAGUUCUGGAGUCACCAUGCAGCCAGGGACUGUCCCCAACCUUCUCCCCUGACUCCAGCUCUGUCUGCCUGACAUCCCUGGAUGGACUGACAGAUCCUGGAGCUGCUCCAAAGGACCAGGAGGCCGUGGCAAGCAUCCAAUCUCCAUCACAGAGUGACCUGGGAAGGAGCCUUUCCCAAAGGUCUGGAGGUGAUGUUUGUGCUGACCUCACUUUUCUGAGCAGUGAUGACCCAAACCAAAGAGGGGACAAAGGUUUGGUGGAAGAAGAGGGGAGCAGCCCUUCUACCAACCCCAGGGAUGUGCUGGAAGAGUCCUCAGGGGGUGGCCAGGGCUUCAUCUUUGACUUCACAGCCCUGGCAGAUGACUCUGAAACUGAGGAGAGUGAUGAUUUGUGCCUUGUUCUAGAGGAGUCCCCCAGGAGUGACAGAAUGAACGUGGAGAGGGUGGCUGUCACACCCCAGGAGAACCCAGAAACCUCUCUUGAACACCUCCUGGAAUUAGAAGCCUCCUCCUGGGUGAGGGAGGAGCUCUCUGCCACAAAGGAACACCCCAAGAACACCCCCAGCUCCCCAAACAGCCCAUCCCCACCUGCCCAUGGGGACUCAGCUCCUAAUUCUCCCCCCCAGCAGGAUCUUCUCCCUCCUGGUGGUGACACAGACCCCCUCCCCAAAUUGUCACAGCAAAGCAAGGUGGGGGCAGCCCUGUGCCACCAUGGGAAGUCCUCCCAGCAAGGAACUGCUCCAGAAUUGAGCCUGGGUGGCUCCUUGAAGCCCAAAUGUGCAGAAAAAGUGGGAAAAGACCCAGGGUGGUGCCAUGGAGAGGCAGCAGAGACCUCCCCCAGCAAUGUCCUGGCACCAGGUGACCUCAGGUUGGUGCCACCUUCUCCACCUGGUCUCAGAACAAACUCAGCCCUUGGUCUGCACCUCAAAAUCCUCUCUCCUGGUGUGAAUCCAGCUCCAGAGGAUUCCCCAGGAUCCUGCCCCACCCCUGGGAGCCCAGGAGGGAGCCAGGAGAAGGAAUUCCACCUUCCUGAAGAUUUGGAAGAAGGAAGCAGUGUCCCUUUUCCCAGUCCUUUUCCAGCAGAGGACUUGGAGCUGGCUGGUGGCAAGCAAGAGGGAUCUGAGGAGUUUGUUGGUCUGCACCACAGCUGCAUGGAGGUGGGAGAGGAAGGAAUCCCCCCUCUCCCCACCCCAAUGACCCCAUCAGACCCACCCAGGGGGUUCUCUGGAGAAAUCCCAGAGCUUGGGGACACUGAGGACAUUCCAGAUGUUCUCCCAAGGGCAAAGCAGCUCCCUGGCAAAGACUCUGGUGAUCUCUUGGAGUUUUUCUCCAGUGAUUCAGAGGAGGAAUAUGUGGGGGGGACCUUGGGGGCUCUGCAGACAGCCAGAAGCUUCUCCACCAUGGAUGCUGGAGGUGCCAGGACUCUGUGUGACACCUCCUGCAGCAGCCUGGAGCAGCUGGAGGGGUGCAGUGAGCACUGGAGUUGUCCCUGGGCCAUCAGCAGCCACAUUCCCCCCUACAUCAACAUCAGGGACAGCCAGGGGGUCCUCAAGGACUACCACAACUUCCUGAUCACCAGAAAAACCCAGGAAAAGAUGGAAAAGCAGCUGGAGCCCUCAAAGAGCCACAGGAGGGGACAGUCUCAUUUGUUCAGGUCACUGAUGAGGACCUGGAAGGGGUUUGAAGAAAUCACCCAGCACACCCUGGACAUGGAGUGCCUCCGUUUCCACUAUAAGCUAAAAGAAACCCUAAGGAGUGGGCAACCACCUCUUUCUACCUCCAAAAGCAUCUUCCCAAAAGACUUCCCUCCCCAGGGGAUGUCACCUGGGCGAGAAGACCCCACCCCACUGUCCCCAGGGAGCAGGAGCCCCUUGCAGGUGACAAUCCUGCCCUCAGACACCUGGCUGAGCGGGCUCGGCUGGCAGGGACAAAGCAGCUGCUGUGGGGACCCCUAUACCCCCUGGCAGGACACCACCCUCUGUGACAAGAGGAGCAGAACCAGACCCCAAAACCCCUCCCAGGGUCACUCAGAUCCCUUCCACCUCAGCAAGCUCAGAUACCCCAAGAAGCUGAAGGACUCGGGGGGGGACAUCUCCCUCAUCCUGGACGAGUGUGCUGAGCUCCACAGGGUGAUGCUGAGCAGGGCUGAGGCUGAGCUUAAGAGGGGAAGGGUGGUCCCAACACACAGAAAGGUCACAGGGGAGGAGGGGACACGGGUGGCCCUCCCUGAGAAGGUGGCUGCCCUGGAGGAGAUGAUGGUGGAGCUGUGCAGGACGCUGAGGUUCCGCCUGCAAGGAGUGGCCAAGGAGGCCAUGGGCCACUCUGGGAUCUUCUUCUACCUGGUGGAGACAAGUGAGGAACCUUUCUUUGCAAGGGUGAAGACCUUGCUGAAGAAAGAAGGUUUUGUGGAGAUGGAACCUCUGAGCUUCUGCCAAGCCAAACGCUCUGGCACUGAGAGGCUGCUCCUUGUCAUCAGGAAUGAGGACAUUUCCUCCCACAUCCACAAUGUCCCAUGUUUGCUGAAGCUGAAGCACUGUCCCAACGUGGUGUUUGCUGGGGUGGACAACCCUGAAGAUGUAACAAGCCACAUGUACCAGGAGCUGUUUCACACUGGUGGCUUCAUGGUGUCAGACAAGGAGGUGCUGGAAAUGGUGACACUGGGCCAGCUGAAAGAGGUGGUGAAGGUGCUGGAGAAGCUGAACAGGAGUGGGAGGUGGAAGUGGUUCCUGCACUACAGGGAGAGCAAGAAGCUCAGAGAAGAAAUCAGGGUGGAUCCCAACUCCCAGAAGAAGCAUUUGAUCCUCCAGUCAUGCCAAGGAGCUGAUCUGCUGGAGGUGCUGCACUACCACCCCUGUGACUCCAGGUCAUCCCCUGAAUCUGAGUACAUCAAAUGUCUGUUGAACCUGCAGGUCCAGCACAUCAGCUCCAGGUUUGCUGUGUACCUCACAGCAAAGCCCAGCACCAGCAGGGAGGUGCUGGAGAGCAAAGGAAUCCUGGUGGCUGAUGUCAGCACCUUCCCUGGGAUGGUACAGAAAGUGGCUGCUCCAUUUAGAAGAAGCUGCUGGUGAUGAAGCAGAACCAGAGCUCAGCUCCUCCUGGGCUCCCAGGGAACCACUUGGGGCAUCCUGGGCCUCAGUGGGGUGGCCCUGAGGUACCUGUGGGGUUGGGUUGGGCUGCUCAGCUCUCCCUCUCUGUACAUAGGAAUUAUUUAAAGGUGGGGAACUCCAAUCCCAACCAGGGAUUUGCUGCUCCCCCCCUGAGCUGUUGCACAUGGGACUGAAGCUGUUUCCACUUUAACCCCGUUUUAAGUUAUUGGGAUGGAUUUUCACGUGCAGCUGACCUUGGGAGGAAUAGGAAUAAGAAAUUGAUAAACAAACAAAAUAAUUUACUGUUUACUUGAAGGUGAGGAGCAAUCCGAGACCAAGGAUAAUAAAGGCAACUUUUUUUUUCAUGUGGUUUUUAUUUUGGGGUUGGUUUGUUUGGGUUUUUUUUGGGGGGGGUGAUUUCUACACUACAUUUCAAGUCACCCUUGUUGUUGCCUCUUGGUACAGUCACACUGCUGGGGCUCUGGAAUGUUCCAGCAAGUGGAAAAGUUGUAAAUAAGGAAAUGUCUGAGGGGAUGGGGGUUAAACAACAAAAAAUAGUUAAAAAAAAACCCUAAAAAAGAGACAAAAAUGUUCAUAUUUAUGGUGGACAACCCCACGUCAGGAGUGAAGUGCAGCGUUCCAGGCUGGUGUGAGCUGCAUUCCUGGAUGGAUGUGGAGGGCAGGGCUGUCCUGGGUUUUUGGUUUUUGGUUUUUUAUUUUAAUAAAAGUAUGCAAGAUGUUCUGUACA